UCCGUGAGACUUCGGACGCUGAUGGUAAUUUUUCGGAGGAGACGGAAUCGGUAACGGUAGUGAAGUGAAGAGUACUAGCUGGAAGUUAACUAGUGGAAGCAAAACACAAGAAGCUGGUGCGACGCGAACGCAAAGAAUCAAACAUAGCCGUCGUAAUAUUUUUUAUUCUUUCUUUUUCCCGUGUCUCUGGUGUUUGUCCGUCUCUCCGUCGUACUCUUCAUAUUUUGCGAAAUCGAACGCCACUGAUGGGCAGAAACGGUCGAUAUCUACGACAGAAGUGCUUGGUGGUGAAUUUUCUCAUCGUUAUAAAAAACUGCUGGUGAUAUACUCCAAGUGCCAAAAGGACAGCGCACUCUGCUGCGGAUUCCUGCGGUUUGCUUCCGGUUCAGUUGCGCGAAAAUAAUACUCGGUCUGGUCGUCGUUGUCGUUUUCUGUUCUAUGCGUCACCCAUUUUUGUUUUCCGUAAUAGAUUCGUUCUUCAUGUCCGCACUACUGGAUAUUAUUUUGCUGUAGUCGGUGAUUAUUAUUGGGGAGGGAGGAAUUCCUUCUGGGUGAAUAUUGUUCGUUCGUGUGUAGCCUUAAUUGAAGAUUUCAGUGUCGUCUCAAGUGUAAUGUGGAGUGUUUAGUGCAAUAGCUGGAUUGCGGAUCAAAAGGGUGCGGAACGGUUUUUUGUUCUUUGGCAGAUACCAACAGUAGAGUCUCCGUAGAAAGCUCGGAAAAAGCGGAAGCAAUUGGGAAAUUAUGUCUUCUCUUUCGGCUAGCGCUGAAAAUCUGUCCAGCGAUCAGAAUAACGAUGGAUCGUCGAUGUGCCUGGAGCUGGCACUGGAGGGCGAGCGUUUGUGCAAAUCCGGCGACUGUCGCGCCGGGGUGGCUUUUUUCCAGGCGGCGAUCCAAGCCGGUACCGAUGAUCUGCGGACGCUGAGUGCCAUAUACAGUCAGCUCGGGAAUGCCUAUUUCUACUUGGGCGAUUACACCAAAGCGAUGCAAUACCACAAGCACGACCUCACGCUGGCUCGUUCGAUGAAUGACAAACUGGGCGAGGCGAAAUCGUCCGGCAAUCUAGGCAACACGCUGAAAGUGAUGGGACGUUUCGAUGAGGCUGCAAUCUUCUGUCAGCGGCAUCUGGCCAUCGCUCAGUCACUCGGUGAUCGCCUCUCGGAGGGUCGGGCUCUAUACAAUCUGGGCAAUGUGUAUCAUGCCAAGGGCAAGCAGCUCGGACAGAAGGAUCCGGGGGAUUUCUCCGAUGAGGUGAAAGAAUCGCUAAUGCAAGCCGUUGAAUACUAUCAGCAAAAUUUAACCCUCAUGAAGGAGCUGGGCGACCGAGGAGCUCAGGGACGAGCUUGUGGAAAUUUGGGCAACACAUACUACCUGUUGGGAAACUUUGAAACUGCCAUCGAACAUCAUCAGGAAAGACUACGCAUUGCACGGGAAUUCGGCGACAAAGCAGCCGAACGACGGGCGAACAGUAACCUUGGAAAUUCUCAUAUCUUUCUCGGACAGUUUGAGCAAGCGGCCAACCACUACAAACGCACCCUUUCGUUGGCGAUGGAACUGGGAGAACGAGCCGUGGAAGCCCAGGCCUGCUACAGUCUCGGAAACACCUACACACUGUUGCGGGAUUUCCCCACCGCCAUCGACUACCACCAGCGCCAUCUGGCGAUAGCCCAGGAGCUGGGCGACCGCAUCGGAGAAGCCCGAGCCUGCUGGAGCCUCGGCAAUGCCCACUCAUCGAUCGGAAACCACGAAAAGGCACUCCACUAUGCCAACUCUCACUUCCUGCUGGCCAAGGAGCUAGGCGAUGUGGUUGGUGAAAAUACGGCCAAAAUGAACAUAUCGGAUCUGAGAAAAAUACUCGGCCUUCCGGAACUACCGGUGGACGGUGGCUCCGGGGUCCCAAUUGAGAACGAUACCCUCCAGGAACUGUCCAGCAGUCAAAAUACUCAUCUAAGCGGGGCCGGUCCAGUGAAAUCCGGAACGAGCUUGUUGUCCAAACAGUACCGGGUACGGCGGCAGAGCAUGGAACAGUUGGAUUUGAUCAAGCUGACGCCGGAUGGCAAAAAGAUGGUAAAUGUACACGAUAAGCAACAGUCAGCGGGACAACAUCAGCAACAGCAGCAGCAGAAAGCCAGCCACAAGCAGAACGAGAACAUUUUCAAAAACAACGACGAAGAUUUCUUCGAACUGUUGACGCGAUCCCAGAGCAAACGGAUGGACGAUCAGCGCUGUACGUUGAAGUUGACGCAUGCCGAGAGCGUGGACUCGGCUCGGAAGCCACUUACGCAGCACAACAGUAACGCGACAGCGGCAGCUAAGGACAAUAGGAACGCCCUGCUGGAGAUGAUUGCCGACUUCCAAUCGGAACGGAUGGAUGAACAGCGAGCUUUGCUACCGGGUCUGAAACGAAUAUCGCUGAACAACGCUGCCGUUCGUCCUGGCGGUGCCACUGUUGGCCUCGGUGCCGUCGACGGUGAAGUCCAAGCGCAACAACCUCCACCGGCGGAUGGCAUCGGUACGCCGCCGGACGAUGCAUUCCUGGAUAUGCUGAUGCGAUGUCAGGGUUCGCGAAUCGAAGAGCAACGGUCGGAGCUGCCGACGCCCAACAUCACCAUGGAUGCGGAAGCAGGGGACCGCCGGGCGGCUACGGCCGGGAAUCCCAACAGCGGAGCUACGGUUCCAGAUGAAGAUUUCUUUUCGCUGAUCAUGCGCCUCCAGGGUGGUCGCAUGGAAGACCAACGAGCUACGGUACCUUUGCAUAAUAACAACAACAAUAACAACAAUCGUAUCAACAACAACAAUCAAAAUCACAGUAACAUCAAUAAUAAUAACAACAAUUACGCCGCAGCUGCUGCUGCCGGUGCUGGUAGCAGUAAUACAAGCAGCAGUAGCAGUAGCAAUGGAACCAACUCGAAUAAUAGUCAAAACCAAAGUUCAAAUGGCGGAGGAAAAGGACUCAAAUGAUUUUACUCGUUAGAUCGAUAAAUGCAAGUAUCGAUUGGGAGUUGUUGAAAUUGUUAAAACAUGAAAACCUGACUUUGUCGCUUUCCGGCAUCUGCUUAUAAUACAACGGUAGGACUUGUAGGUAUACAAUCUAUAAUAGGGGUACAGCACCACGUCGAUAUCAAAAAACGAUAAAUAGAAAUCGAUCCGCGCCAUAUUUUCUGACUCUGCACUGGAUGUUUGCGUGUGCGUGUGUAUUUUUUUUGUAUAUGAGGGCAUGUGUUGUAGAAAUUUAUUUUUCAUCUGCGGCUGCUAGAGUAUCCCUCCGAUGAAUUUGUGAAUGAUUCCACUAGAUUUUAAUUCUUUUGCAUGCAAUUUCACUUUUUGUACAUAAGGAAUGAUUUAAUUUACAAAUGAAUAAGACUUUUUAUAUUUUUCUACCAAGAUUUAUUUUUCUAUACAUCGAAUUAUUUUACGGGGAAUCUUUUACAAUAGGAAAAAUCGAACAAAUACAGAACACAAGACUUAAGCAAACCUCUUGGACAAUUUUUUAAAUACGAAAAAAAAAACCUUCCCAUCAGUAUCGAAAAUGUAUUAGAUGAUAACUAAACCCUACGCUGGUCCAUAGUAAGUGAGACUUCGAUUUGACACCGUCGGCUACAAAGUCGGAAGACUCACAUUGACCAGGAUUAUAAAAGUAGAAUCAAAUGACUAGAAUGACCAAAAUGACCUUUGAAUAAACAGCACUAUCGCUAAAAUCUUUCCAACAAUGAAAAAAAAAAUGUAUGGUUAAAGUCUCUAGGCUAAGUUUAAAAACAGAUCAAAAAGCCAUUUAUUUAGCUGAUAAGCCUCGAGAACAAAAACAACUUAUGGUGUAAGUAAUUCCCUUCAAGUAAGUUAAUCAACCGGAUAAUAUUAUACCAUAGUAGGUAGAGCCACACGACUACAGGAUAUUUCUCUGGAUUGAAUGCAAAAUUUUCUCCACUGGAAUCUACCCAUAUUUAUUGCAAUAUAUCAUUAGGUACCUACAUUUUUCUCCAUUAUUAGAACGAGUAGAUUCCGUAGAUGGAAAUCGUCUACAACUGAUAGUAGCCACGGCAUUUACAUCACUUUAAAUGAAAAUCGAACGACAUGCUUUUGUUCCCCUAAGCUGCGCAACUAUUGCUGGCAGUGUUGUCAAAUCUUCCAAUAUUUAAUAAAGUCUUAAAUUUGAAUAAAAAAUAAAAACAAAUCAAAUCAUAAUAUAUACACAACUAAAUUAAUAGCCACUAACUCAAAUGAUAUAAGUGUAAGCUAUCAACAGAACUAAACAGUAACAUAAUACGGAAGAUACACCACACCUCACAUCAAUUAAUUGCGUGACGACAAAUUGCGAUUAUACUUGUUUUGAACUGCGUUAAAGUAAAACAGCAAUCGUGUAUAUCAGUGCAGCUUAUUCAAAUUCGUACAAGUCAGUUUAAAACGGCUUGAUAUUGAAGGUAGCUACAUACCAAACUAGCAAUUUUGUUUUCUGUUUUCGAUGUAUGUGUGUAAUUGUACCUAUAGACACUAUUUGUGAUAAGGAUUAAAUUGCAAAAAUAAAACUACUGUUAAAAAAAAAAACCCUUUCAAAACUAUUUAGCUGGUCCCAAUCAUUCUUUUUUCGGUCGAUUUUGUACCAGAACGAAGGGCUAGGAAUGAAUAAAAUAAGUCAGGCGCAUAAAAUUGUUGAAAGUUCAAACGUGUUUUACCUAAACAGCAAAUUCUUGUUAUGUCCGAUCCUAACAGUCUGAAUAUACGCAAGCAAAAUAUAUGAAUCAUCCGAAUGGUGUAUAGUCUAAAACCUGA